UGUCGCGGGGACACGAAACCUCCCCGGAGCCGCAGUCGCCGCGCCGGGCGGCCUGGGAAAGUCACCAGUCAGCAGCGCAGUGGCGGGAACCGCAGCCCGGCGGCCCUGGAACCUCCCAGGCCUCACACUGCUCAGCCAGAUCUGCUCACCUGUGAAUCAGAAAAACAAGCCAUGGACGGUGAAGAGAGAGGAGACAGUAGCCAAGCUUGAUGUGAAAUAUCAAGAAGAGUUCUGGUAUUUAUUGCUGAGACAGAAACUCAGAGAAGACCAAUAGGAAGAAUGGAUGACUCUCCUAUAAAUGCAGCCCAGGGUCAGUUGACAUUCCAGGAUGUAGCUGUGGACUUCUCCCAUGAAGAGUGGGAAUGUCUGGACUCCGCUCAGAGAGCUUUGUACAUGGAUGUGAUGUUGGAGAAUUACAGCAAUCUAGUCUUUUUAGACAACCAUCACAUGUGUGUUGAAUAUAAGAAUGACCUUCACCAUGGCUCAAAGCAUAUUGUCCAUGAUUAUGUGAAUAUCCAAGAGAAGGCUUUUAAAUGUAAUGAUCUUUGCAAAGUUAUACAUGAAUUUUUUACAUGUACACCUUAUGACACAAGUGAUACUGUAGAUGCCUCUGUUGAAUUAUUAAACUCAACCAGACAAAGAAGUGGGAACACGGGAGAAGAACCUUCCAAAUAUAAGGACUGUAUAAACUGUUUAAAUUUGUGUUCCAUCAUUAGCCAAAAUCUACGAAUCCACACUGGAAAGGAAGAACACAAAAAUACAGAGAAUGAUAAAUCUUUUGACUCUAGACAAAAACUCACACUGGAAGGACUCCACAAUGGAAAGAAACCACAGCAAUGCCAGAAAUGUAGAAAAUGCUUCAAGACAUGCUCAAUCCUCAGUAGACAUAAAGGAUCUCAUACAGAGGAGAAACCGUAUAACUGUACAGAAUGUAGUAAUUUCUUUCUGCUUCUAUCACAACUCAAAGUACAUAACAACAUCCAUUAUGGAGAAAAACCCUACAAAUGUACUGAAAGUAGUAAGUGCUUUUAUGAUUCAUCAGAAUUUAAAAGACAUUACAGAAUCCAUCCUGGAGAGAAAAUUUACAAAUUUACUGAUUAUGGCAAGUCCUUCAUUUGCUGCUCAGAUCUUGGAAAACAUCAGAAACUUCAUAGAGGAGAGAAGUCUCCUGAAUGUAAGCAAUGUAGUAACUUCUACAUUUUGUCACACCUUGAAUACCAUGAUAGUAGCCAUAAUGGAGAGAAACUUGAUGGAUUCAAUGAAUGUGACAAAUCCCUUUCCAUUGCUUUAGGUGUUAAAACAGAUCAGAGGAUUCACACAGGAGAGAAACCUUACAAAUGCACUGAAUGUGGUAAAUCUUUUUUUCAGAAAGCCAAACUUAAAACACAUCAAAGAAUUCAUACAGGGGAAAAACCUUACAAGUGUGGGGAAUGUGGCAAAUGCUUUACCCAGCAGACACAUCUAAAAACCCAUCAGAAACUUCAUACUGGGGAGAAGAAUUACAAAUGUAAUGAAUGUGACAAGUCUUUUUUCCAGAAAGACCAUCUUAGGAGACAUCAGACAAUUCAUACUGGAGAGAGGCCUUAUAAAUGCACUGAAUGUGAGAAAUCCUUUGCCCGUAGUUCAUAUCUUAGAUUGCAUCAGAAAUUUCAUACAGGUGUGAAACCAUACAAAUGCAGUGAAUGUGGGAAAGGCUUUACUAGUAGUUCAUCUCUUCGAUUGCAUCAGAACAUUCACACAGGUGAGAAGCCUUAUAAAUGUAGUGAGUGUGAGAAAUCCUUUACCAGUAGUUCAUACCUUAAAUUGCAUCAAAACAUUCAUAAGGGUGAGAGACCUUACAAAUGUAAUGAAUGUGGCAAAGGGUUUAUCCAGAAACAACAGCUGAGGAGACAUCUGACAGUUCAUACAGGAGAGAGGCCUUAUAAAUGUAGUGAGUGUGAGAAAUCCUUUUCAGUUGGUUCAGAUCUUAGAAGCCAUCAGAAAAUUCAUACAGAAGAAAAUCCUUACAAAUGUAGUGAAUGUAAGAAAUCCUUUAGCAGUAGUUCAUCUCUUCGAUUGCAUCGGAAAUUUCAUACUGGUGAGAGACCGUAUAAAUGUAAUGAAUGUGGCAAAGAUUUUGUUCAAAAACAACAGCUUUUGAGACAUCAAACAAUUCAUACAGGAGAGAAGCCUUAUAAAUGUAGUGAAUGUGAGAAAUCCUUUUCACUUGGCUCAGAUCUUAGAAGCCAUCAGAAAAUUCAUGCAGAAGAGAGUCCUUACAAAUGCAGUGAAUGUCAGAAAUCCUUUAGCAGUAGUUCAUCUCUUCGAUUGCAUAAGAGAAUUCAUACAGGUGAGAAACCUUACAAAUGCAGUGACUGUGACAAAUCAUUUAUCCAGAAACACCAACUUAGAAGACAUCAGACAAUGCAUACAGGAAAGAGGCCUUUUAAAUGUAGUGAUUGUGAGAAAUCCUUUACCAGUAGUUCAUCUCUUCAAUUGCAUCAGAACAUUCAUACAGGUGAGAGACCUUACAAAUGUAAUGAAUGUGGCAAAGGGUUUAUCCAGAAACAACAGCUGAGGAGACAUCUGACAGUUCAUACAGGAGAGAGGCCUUAUAAAUGUAGUGAGUGUGAGAAAUCCUUUUCAGUUGGUUCAGAUCUUAGAAGCCAUCAGAAAAUUCAUGCAGAAGAGAAUCCUUACAAAUGCAGUGAAUGUAAGAAAUCCUUUACCAGUUGUUCAUCUCUUCAGUUGCAUCAGAGAACUCAUACAGGUGAGAAACCUUAUAAAUGCAAUGAAUGUGAGAAAUCCUUUACCAGUGGGUCAUAUCUUAGAAUACAUCAGAAAUUUCAUACAGGAGAGAAACCUUACAAAUGUGGUGAAUGUCAGAAAUCCUUUACCACUGGCUCAUAUCUUAGACUGCAUCAGAAAAUUCAUAGAGGUGAGAAACCUUACAAAUGUAGUGCAUGUGAUAUAUCCUUUAUCAAGAAACAACAUCUUAAGAUACAUCAGAAAAUUCAUACUUGGGAGAAACCUUAUGAAUGCAGUGAAUGUGGUAAAUGCUUUAACCUGAAAGUCAAACUUAGAGAACACCAGCAAAUUCAUAAAGGAAAGAAACCUACAAAUGUAAUGAAUGUGGCAAAUGCUUUAUAUAGAAAUGCCAACUUUGAACCCAUCAGUGAAUUUAUACAGGAGAGAAACCUUACAAAUGCAGUGAAUGUGACCAAUCUUUUACCGGUAGGUCAUAUGUUAGAAUGCAUCAGAUAAUUCAUACAUUACAAAUGUAGUGAAUGUGAGAAAUCCUUCACCAGUGGCUCAUACCUUAGAUUUCAUCAGAAAUUUCAUACUAGAGAGAAACGUUACAACUGUUGUUAAUGUGAGAAAUCCUUUACCACUGACUCAUAUCUUAGGCUGCAUCAGAAAAUUCAUAGAGGUGAGAAACCUUACAAAUAUAUUGCAAGUGGCAAAGACUUUACCUGCCUCUCAUGUCUAAGAAAACAUCAAAAAAUACAUUCUGUGGAGAAAGUUUCCAUAGUAAAGACAUAUCCAAGCUAUGUCUUUAGGGACCACUAAAGACUCUACACUAGAAAAUCAUUUUGAACAUGAAAAACUUGUGAAACCCUUUAAGUGAUGUUCAUGUCUUAGAAAAUAUCAAAAGUUCAUACUGAGGAAAAUUCUAAAAAUGUGGCAAUGUACAAAAAUUUUCUGUAAAACAUACUAUUUCAACUGCAAAUAUUUUAUAAUGAAUACAAAAUGGAGAAACCUUAUGAAUAUGCUCUUGUGUAGCUAGUUCCUGGAGACUAAAAGAUUCCAUCCUAAAGGGAAACUGAUUAAGAUAGGAAAUAACCACGCAAUAGCUUCAAGAAGUAUCUGAAUCUCACAGGAUUCACUGUGUUUAACACCCAUGAAGAAACUCAUGCCAAUUAUGCUUCUUAGAUGAGGCUUUAAUUGAGCCACAAAGAUAGGGCACCCUUUAACCUAUGGGAAUACCUGCAGGUGGGCAGUGUGUUCCAGGUGUCCAGUAUUCAUAAUCUACAUCUCAUGCUAGGUUGGAGUUUCAUGGGGGCAAUUAUCUUUGAGUCCCCUUUAUCCCUAUAAAUGGCUUCUUGGUAGCCAUAUGUUUAUUUGGGACGCCAGCUCACAAAUAAAAACAGGGAGACUUAUUAUUAAUUAUGAAAGCUUGGCCUAUACUUUAGGCUUGUUCCUAACUAGCUCCUAUAUCUUAAAUUGUCCCAUUUUUUAAAUCUAUGUACUAGCACGUGGCUUUUUACCUUUCAUUCUGUACCUCCAACUCAUUCUGCAUCUUGCUGGCAUCUCCUCUGCAUGCCUAGAUUCAUCCCCAGUUCUAUUUCCCAGAAGUCCUGCCUAUUCUCCCUACCUAGCUAUUGACCCUUUAGCUUCUUAUUAAACCAAUCACAGUGACACAUCUUUGCACAGUGUAAUCAUAUUUUGCAACACUCCAUAUUCCUAUAAUCCAGUAAAGCUCAUUGAUUUAACAAGAUGGAUUUCAGUGGCAUCCAGUUGUUAGUCCCCAUUUGGGUGGUUAAACACAUGCAUAUUUUGUGUUUUCCCCAGGAAACAACUCUCGUGAAACAUGUGCUGAUCUUAUUCCUCCAAAUUGCAUGUACACCAGAAAAAUGAUAGUAGAGAAAGUAUUUGAGUCAACUAAAUUAGGGAAGAUUGUUGGUGCUCACUGCUCCAAGCUUGCUGCCAUAGUAGUACCUGGUCUGGUUAAAGGAGCUCAACACAGACAGAACUUACAGGCUUACAGAGCCUCAGAAAAGAGGCUGCUUUCUUUGUAGCAUUCAGAGAGAGAGCAGUCUGCAGGGGGACAAAUGAAAAUAUGUCUACCAAACUGUCAGAGACAUAUUCCAAACUGGGCUGUGUCUAUGCAUUCCUCUAAUGCUUAGACUCUGUGAUUCACUCAUGCUUUAAUGAACCCCAGAACAUUGCUGCUCAUGGGCAAGUAUGAACACUAUUGCAUCCUUGUUUCUUGUUUUACCUUAGAAAUUCUACUCUAUAAGCCUCCCCCACAAACGAUUGAAUUUCAGCUCUUUUUGUUAAAUCCUUUAAGCAACCGUAAUAUUGUAGACAUACUAGAAAAUUCAUCAUGAAAUAAAUCUUAAGAAAAUGCUUUAAUAAAGACUUACUUUCAGCUUCA